AUGGAAGUAGACCAGGUACCUCAGCUUGCAAAAUGUCGCAUUCUUGCGGCAACCCUGGAAGAUAAUGCCCACAAUUGGUUUAGCCAAUUGCCCGAAGCAUCUAUAUCGACAUGGGAAACCUUUGUCGACCUCUUCCUCACAAAUUUCCAAGCCACGAUGAUGUGUAGGCCGCCUUAUACUACUCUGGCUAAUAUUAAGCAAGAGGUCGGUGAGUCAUUGCAAGAUUAUUUUAAACGUUUUAAUGCUGAAGUAACCAAAGUGGAGAAUGCCCCCGAGUCUUCGUUAGUUUGCAUGUUGAUUACAGGUGUUUUGCCAAGAACCGAUUUUUGGAAAGAACUACAAGCUCGAAGACCCAAAUCUCUAGUCCAGUUCUUCGCUAUGGCUGAGCCACAUAAGAGGAUCAAAAAUUCUCUGGCAGAGCAAGAGAGAGGAAAGGACAAGAAUGAGUCCCUUGUGCCGCGAUCGCGAUCUCGCAAUCCUAGAGGAAGAAGUCCUCAAAGACAACGAAGUCUGAAGUUGGCCAAAUCCCCUCCGAAGAAAGAGUCAUCUCCAAAAAGGAAAGGAGGUCCCCGCUUUGUGAACUAUACAGAAUUGGCUACCCCGCGAGACCAUAUCUACGUGAUUGAAGAAAGAAUGGAGUUUUCAGAAAGCCUCCCCCAAUCAGGAGAAAUCGCAACAAGAGAGACCCAAAAAAGUUCUGUAAAUAUCACAAGGAUAUUGGCUAUACCACAUUGGAAUAAGGAGUGCGAUGACAUAACUUUCAUGGAAAGCGACGCCAGAAAGUUUUACCACCCACACGCAGACGCACUAGUCAUCGUCGCCAAUAUUGGAGGAGAUAAUGUCCACCGCAUAUUAGUGGACAAUGGAAGUUCAGUGAAUCUCAUCAGCUUUCAAGCUUUCAAGCAAAUGGGGCUACAGGAGAAGGAUUUGCGACCAGUAGUUUUGAGUAUCUACGGUUUUACCGGAGAUAAGAUUGCAUUAAAGGGAAUGAUUAAACUACCAAUCACUCUAGGAACCGCACCUGUCGCUGCCAAGUUGAUGGCUGACUUUGCGGUUAUCGAUCAGUACUCAGUAUAUAAUGCGGUGAUUGGCCGUCCUAUCUUGAAACCGAUGAAGAUUGUGACCUCUAUCUAUCAUCUCACCAUGAAAUCCCCUACCCCCGCUGGAGUAGGAUCCAUCUGA